AUGGAGGUGGUUGAAUCUGGAAUCCAUCAAGUUCUUGUCAAACUUCUUGAUGGAAAGCACAGAUUCUUGAAUUUCAAUACCCCUUCGAUCUCUGUCCCAACCCUCAAGCACCAGAUCCAGAGUAUUACUUCUAUUCCCUCCCAUCUUCAACUUCUCCUAUCCCACAACUCCCGCGUCCUCAAUGACCACCAAACCCUAGAUUUCAAUUUGGGCUCUGACGAGAAUACCCAAAUCCCCAAAACCCUAGAUUUAGAUUUUGAUUUCAAUUUCGAUUCCCAAUUGCCUCAAGAUCGAUAUUUUAUUAGUGGGUCCCACGAGACAGGUUUUCCCAGAAAGUCUUCAGAUGGGUCUCGGAAUUUUCCGAUUGUGGUGCAUUUGUUGCUUCGUCUCAGGGGCGGGAAAGGAGGGUUUGGGUCAUUGCUUAGGGGAGCGGCUACGAAGGCGGGACAGAAGAAGACAAACAAUUUUGAUGCUUGCAGGGAUAUGAGUGGGCGGAGACUGAGGCACGUGAACGCGGAGAAGAAGCUGGAAGAGUGGAGGGCGGAGGCGGAGGAGAGGAAGCUGGAGAAAAUGGCGGAGGAUUAUAUCAAGAAGAAGACCAAGGAGGCAGUUAAGAAGGGUAAAAAUAGUAAAGGAGAUAGCUCGGAGAAGUAUGUGGCAAAGUACAGGGAGGACUCGGCAAAGUGUAUGGAGGAAGUGGAAAGAUCAGUUAGGGAAUCGUUUAAAGGGUUGGUGAGCUCGAAGAGAAAGAACGCUGUGGAGGCGGGUGAACCUGAGUCCAAGCGGUUGAAAAUAUGGCUGGGAAAGAAGAAAUUGGAUGAUAGUGACAGCGAGGAUAUGGAUGAGGACGAUAGUGACGACAACACAGAAGAAGAGAAUGAGAAGUCCGUCGUUAUCGAUAACGGGAACCAUUCAGAUUCUAGUAAGGAAGCAGAGGGAAGUUCAAGUUCGGUUACUGGAGGGAAACUUGAUGCUGAUAAAGGUUCCUCUGGCAUUGGCUCUGAGGAAGAGGAUACUGUUGCGGAAGAGUCUCCAAAGUCUGGUAGAGGUCUGGAUGCGUGUGCAAAUAACAGUGAUGAGGAAAAUAAGACUGAACCUGCUUUGGCGAUUCUUGAGGGAAGUACAGAUCAGAAUGCAGUUGAGAAAGAAGUGCCUCAAGAAUCUCACUUCCUCAAAGUGGAAGAUAUAACCGGUCAGCUGCCAGGUGUCUCCAGCUCAAAGGAAGGAGCUUCUGCCGCAAACCUGAGCAAGAGUACCAAGCCUGAACCAGCACAGGAAGAAUCAGUCUCUGGAAGUGUAAAAGAUCCAGACUCGGACGAGCUCCUGAACUUUGAUGGAUAUAAUUCAGCAGCAGAGUUGGAGGUUCUUGGCUUGGAGAGGUUAAAAUUGGAGCUUCAAGCACGUGGAUUGAAAUGUGGUGGUAGUUUGCAAGAACGUGCUGCCAGGCUUUUUCUGCUCAAAACGACACCUUUGGAGAUGCUUCCGAAGAAGCUGUUUGCCAAGAAAUGA